UCGUACAAAUUAGAAAACUAAAUUAAAAAUGGAAUAGGUAAUGUCAAUGAUCUUCCAAGGAUUGAAACUGGUUAAGGAGCUUGAGUCAAGCUUACCGGAAAAGUCACUAGAAGCUCUAUCGACCUCCCUCGACGAGAUCACGAGGACAUUUGGUGAUGCAAACGAGCGGCUGAAGAUAGUUCUUGAAUUCAGAAACUCGGUGGUUGUGUCUUGUUCAGACCAGUUGCUAAUGCAGAAUGAACCGGGUCUGAUGCAAGAGUAUUGGUUAAGGUGUGGCGGGUCCACGUCAUCUCAGGGAACCGGAGCCGUGACUCAAAGACAGAUCAUGGCCGUUGAAGAUGGCGGAAGAAACUUGACGGCUGUAGAAAGAUCAGGCGGCUCCGGUAGCAAUCCUUCCACGCCAAGGCAACGCAGAAGGAAAAACGAAGGAGGAGAACACGUGGUGUUGGUGGCGGCGUUAAGGACAGGAAACAUAAAUCUACCACCUGACGAUAACCAUACUUGGCGUAAAUACGGUCAAAAGGAAAUUCUCGGUUCUAAGUUUCCUAGGGCGUACUAUAGAUGCACCCACCAAAAGUUAUACAAUUGUCCAGCUAAGAAGCAAGUACAACGCCUCAAUGACGAUCCCUUCACCUUCCGAGUCACUUACCGUGGUUCACACACUUGCCAAAUCUACUCAACCGCUCCCACCGCUUCCGCCGCUGCCCCCACCACUCCAGUUACAACUAGUUUUUCCCCUGACUACGGUCCCCCUCUCUUCGACAUGGCUGAUGCUAUGAUGUUUGGUAGCAGUGGGAUUGGGGUCAACAUGGACAUAUAUCCUUUCAAUGAUCCAAGUCAUCAUGAUGAUCACUGUUACCGACGGUCAGAAAACAGCGACGACGAAGACAAGUAGGAUUCAUGUAUCUCUAUACAUAAAAACUAGAAAGGACAUGUCUGAUUUAAUUUACUAUUACUAUCAAAAGUUAUGCAUCAUUACACGUGAUUCUAGUUUGGAUCUAGUGGGAAUCAAUUCUUUGAGUAGUUCGCUUUUACAAUGGAAAAUGUUUUAUUUUAAUUAUUUUGUAGUUUCCUUCUCAUUAUCUAUUUAAUUCAUUGCUUUUAAGGUAUUGGGAAAACAUUUUUGAGAAUGCAAGUACUUUUUUGAAAUAAUUGAUAAAAGUUGUGUUAGGGUUUUGAUUAUUUUUUGAAUAAUGAUAAACUAUCUAUUUACCUAAUAAAUGGUAAAAGCUUAGUUUCCACAAUACCUUUCUUAUAUCCAUAUUUCAAUACAAAUUUCUAGAAGAGCUCAUUUCCUCAAAAUAUCUUCUUAAAAUAAAAUCAGAGUUUAGUUUAUACUUUAAACAAAUAUAAUUGGCUCUGAAAUGGAAUAUCAAGUAACCAGAAUUUCUGACAACAAAGAGAAAAGCGCAAACUAAUCAGAUAAUCCUAUAAAAAUAUUGUCUACACUUUUUCAGUACAAGGUACAUUUUCUUACAUAAAUAAAUAUGCAAUUUCGAUACGUUUAAAAUAAAUCAAAACUAGGGGAUAAAUUGUUAUUUUGUCAGUAUCUCACAUAUUGGCAUGAACUUGUUGGUGUUUCUUCCUUUUUGUUGAUGUCUUUUUUUUUAUACUAAAGAAUCCAAAUAGUUAAAGAGGAGUCUUCAGUGUCAAAAUCAGCUAUUCGAGUGGAAUCUUUGGUCCCUUCACCGUUACUAUUCAUCAUGCAUGCGGCCUUCGUUUUGCCCUUUGUUCAUCAUCUGCACUUGUUAUGUCGAUCGACAGAGAAGACACUCUAUCUUCAAUUAUUUGAUACUUGUGAAAUACGUAAAAGAUGUUUAAGGUGUUAAAUGAAUUAUAUCUUUUAGUUUACUUAUAUAGGGGUUUAAACCACACAAUAAGACUCAUCAUAUCUCGUAACCAAGUAUCAAAAGAUUCAUACAUCUUAUAAUUUAUUGAAUAAAUAUAUAUAUAGAUAUUCAUAGAAUGAAUCUUUUUAAAGUAUCACACGUAAACAAAAUGUCUGAACCAAUUUGUUAAAAAAAAAUUUGAAAUGUAGUAAUUUUAUUUAUAUCAAUGUAAUAUUAAAAUUUCUCAAAUUCUUGGAUAUUUUCAUAGAUAUAGUGAAAUGAACUUUGUUUGUAUAAAAUAGUACAUGUACGGAACAUAAAUUAUUUAAUUUGCGUCACAACCGAAUACAUUAUUAUCGCUUAAUUGAAUUUGUUUUGUUGUUUCAGGCUUUCAGCAAGCAUUAAUUAAUGCCCUAGUGUAUACGGCAAUGCUUAUGUAAGGACAACAACAAAAAGACAAAGCACGACAAUUGCGAGAUGAAUUUGUCCCAGUUUCUUCCUUUUAAGCACCAAACAUGCAUAGCCGCAAUUUGAAUGGAUAAGUCUCUUUACACUCUUUAGGUAAUCAAUCAUAUAUCACACACAUGGAUUAAAAACUAUUGAGUUCAAUAAUAAAUGCAGUAACAAUCAAAUAAGCAAAACAAUAAUCUAGUGGAACUGUCGCAGUUGGUGAUUGGCUUAUUCUAAUUAAUCGUUUCAUCGGUAAUCCAUUAACCAAGUCGUUGCACUGGCACCUUUAAUGUCGCCAACAUACAAAACAUCUAGUGGCAGUUCAAAAAAAAAAAUGUGACAAGAGUAACGUUGGAAGAGAAUUAUAUAUGCUAUAUGGUGUUUUAUCAAAUAUCCAACAAAAAUAUUACAUUCCACUAAGCAUACU